AUGAGCCCAAAUACAGUUCAGCCUCAAGCUGCGGUGACCGUGGCAGAGGCAUUAUUUGGCAGAGGUGGUCUAUUGGUGCUCUUUAUGAUGUACACCUUCAUUAUCAUGAAUAUCUGCGUGUUUCAACUCUUCGCUUUCAGUUCUAUUCUCACGUUUAACAUCUAUGGCAUUCAUGUGAGGGCUAACUCCGUAACAUUGAUGAUUGGAAUCAAUGCACUGGUGUCGGCCACUCUGGGAAGCCUCUUGUACUCCUUCCUUUGGGAAGGAAUGACCGCGACGGGGGUGGUGAUAGGGACAGCUUUGAGCACCUCCAUGGCUGGCCUUGUGUGGGUUCUAAUGAGCACUCUCGUUAGAUUGUAUCCCAACCUCAGCAUCGGUAAGGCUGCUUUUGGUCUAAUCUGUUCUAAGAGCUAA